AUGUCGCCUGACGAAACACGAGGACCGCCGGCAAGCACGGCGGGCGGUAGUUCGCAAAACCCAUGGGCUGAAAACGUAGAGGAUCGGACGAGCUACGACUACAGACCAACAGCUACAGGCGCGAUCGAGACUGGAGACUCCGCAAGUGGCCAUCAACCGAUUCCGCCAGCUUUGCAAGCGGGUCACCACUCAGCAGUGGACGAAAGCUGGGAUCAGCCAGUGAAUUCUGCUCCUCCCGUUCCUCAUUAUCCUGAUGCAGACUCCUCCAAACACCUUCAGUCGAAGAAUCCGUUUUUAAAGUCGCGGCCCCAUGAACAGAACCAGGACUGGAAAGAAUCAAGUCCGUGGGAUGAACAAAUUACUCAAACAUCAACGAGUGAUGACUAUUUGCAUCGAGCGGAUGGGUUCAUUCCCAUGACUGCGCGUCUCUCACUCGCGGACAACUCUGAGCAACCUGGGGAUCCAUGGGCAAAUCAGCAGUCCGCUCACGUCGAGCCCCCUCGUCCGGUUGUGGUGGAUCCGCCUCAAGAUGCCUCUCCCUGGGGCCCAGAGUCUUCCUAUCAAGCCCCAGCUGCGUAUGACGUUCGCGACCAAACGAGCCAUGUGACGCAGAAUUCCCAAUCCGUUUAUCCACAGUCUUUGGGUGCCGACGACGGUGGAUGGGUACAGCCACCAAGUGAGGGAGGCAGAACGGACUUGGAUAUUGGCCUUAGCGCCCCGUCACAGCAAUUGAUCGACCUUGACUUUCCGGGUACUCGGUCAGGAUUAGGAGCCGGCGCUCACUCAGGGGCACACUCCUUCGCUGCGAGCCAAGAAGCAUAUUUGAGCGACUCGACAGAUUUCAGGCCUGACUUGCCGCCGAGACACAUCUCGCAAGGACGGGGACCGCCUCUUCCCAGCAGGACGCUUUCUCCGGCAGAAGAAGCCAGGCAAAAGCAGCAGCGGGCCGAGACGUACACGAUCCGACAGAUCAAUUGGACCAAUGGAAAAGGGCAAUUAAUCCAGUCACCUAUUUUGAUGCAGAAUGAGAACGGGCCUUGCCCCCUCCUCGCGCUCAUUAACGCACUUGUGUUGCAAGCAUCCACUGGCUCAGCGCCACCCAUUGUGCGAGCUCUGAAAAGUCGGGAACAGAUAUCGCUGGGACUCUUGAUCGAGGCCCUCUUCGAUCAGCUCACGACGUCCCUAGGUCCUGAUGACGAAUUUCCUGACAUUGACGCUCUUGCCCAGUUUUUGACCAUGUUGCACACUGGUAUGAAUGUCAAUCCUCGACUCACAUUGGAAACAAAAACUUCCUUGGGGACAUUCCAGUCAACAAACGACCUGCAAUCUUAUAGUACAUUUGGCAUUCCUCUUAUUCACGGUUGGCUGGCAUCGUGGUCGAGCCCUGAACACGCCGCCAUGAAUCGACUAGCUCCAUAUCAUGAGGACAUUCAACUCCUGCCAUUUCGCCAGCAAGAGCUGGAAGAUCGGAUCAUGCGUGGAGAUCUCCUAAAUGCGGAUGAAGAAGGAACCAUGGCUGAUAUUGAGACCAUUCAAAAGUUUGUGGAAAUUGAGAAUGUCACCCAGCUCAGCCCAUUUGGCUUGACGCAGUUGUCUACGCAACUGGCCGCUGGAUCGGUUUGCAUCCUCUUCCGCAACGAUCAUUUCUCGACGUUAUACAAGCACCCAGAAUCCCAGCAACUUUACAAUCUGGUGACCGAUGCCGGCUAUGCGAACCAUGCAGAAGUGGUGUGGGAAUCGCUUGUUGAUGUAACUGGCUUCAACUCCCAACUGCUUUCAGGUGACUUCCGCGUCGUCAGUCAGGAAUCGUCGAGCAGAGCUGAUCCGGAGAGUCCUGACCGCCCUGCUAUCCCACCACGACCGAGCGUAACGGAACAUUCCAGUGCACCAUCAAGCGCCGAGACUCUUCAGCAACCAUCAUCGCAUCAGGAACAGAGUGAUGCGGACUAUGCCUAUGCCCUCUCCCUCCAGUUCCAGGAAGAAGAGCGGCGAGAACGUGUCGAGGAGGAACCCGCUAGAGAGACAACAAGCACGACCCAGCAUACCCGCGCUCAUCGUCACUCGGUUCCUGUCCGUUUCAAUGGGCCUGCUGUGCACAUGGAUGAUCCACCAGCGCGAACCUCCAGCAGCGGCGUUGGACUGCGGCCCCCACAGGGCCGAUCCAACGCCGACGAUCCGCACGCUCCGCCCCCUCCUUAUGAGCGCACGCCGAGUAACGCCUCGUUCACGCCCCCUGCGUCCACAGGGCCAACUCCUGAUCAUGUUCGAGUGAACCCGUCCAUGCCCGGCUUGCAAGACCCCCGCCAUCGAUACUCACAUUCUGCUGGACCCGCAGAUCGAUAUAGCAAUGACCGACCUCGGAACAAAGACUGCAUCGUGAUGUGA